AUGUCGGUCGCGGUGCCGUCGUCGAGGGCGAGCUUGCGCAGAGGGUCCAAGGUCCGGUUCAUCAACACAACCGCAAAGGACAUCGAAUUGUAUCGGCACCUGGCAUAUCUGAGCCUCCAGCAACCCCAUUUCCUGGUCCGGCCGACGCCAAGUUUGCUCAAGAAGCCGCAGUUCGUUGUGAGAAACAUGGAUCUAGUUCACUACUUCCACGCAGACGCGCAUCUGUCGCUGGUAGCGUUCAGCCCCAACACGGCAGACAUCCGAGAUGCGUUGAUACGCAUGGCCUUCGCGAGCGAUACAGACGCCGGGCGCGCCCUUCUCUACGCACUCCUCGCCGUCUCGGCGCUGCGUCGCAGCGGCUUUCACGAGGAGACGCUUCGGUUCAAGGUGGCAGCUCUACAUGCGCUUUCUAAAUCUUCCGGCGUCGCCAGCUUAGGCACGACGGAGUCUGUUCAGCAUGUGGCCGCGUGCAUGCUCCUAGGAGCCUUCGAGAUCUUAUUACCUUCAGAUAGCUCAGGGGAAUGGAUUUGGUACAUCAGAGGAGCGAUGGACAUCAUCCGCGAGACUCAACUGACAAUGGUGGGAACGGAAGCAGACAUCAACAUUCUUCUAGACUGGACAUAUUACCAUUACUCUCUCUCAACGUUCACCAUCAGCCAUUGGAGGAAUAAGGCCGUCAUUCUGGACUCCUCCCCCAACCCAACCGUUUGCGAACCAGUAGGUGGGAAGGACACUCUCGUGGCCAUUGACAAACAGCUAUUUCGCUCCCCAAACCCCACCCACGAGAUCUUGAAUCUUCUCGCGGAAGCAUGCGACACGCUGCUCUCCAGAUCAGAUCCGCGGAGCCAAGAGGAGGGCUACAAGAACCAGCUAAAACAACUCGAGCAUCGCAUCGAGAGCAUACCCGUCACGCCGGACAUGAGCACCGACGGCGCCGAGCUCUCCGGCCUCAUCAAGCUGUACAAGCUCUCCACGCUCAUCUACGUCAUCCGCGCAGGCCAGACCACCUGGGAGGCCACGACGCGGCUGGACAACCUGGUGAACCGCGCGUUCCAGGUCCCGAUCGGGCAGCCGGGUUGCUACCACUUCUUCCCGCUCUUCAUCGUGGCCUGCGAGGCGCGGACCGACGAGCAGCGGGCGGCGGUGCUGGACCUGAUCGCGCGGACGGAGAGGAACUCGUUCAUGCGCAGCAUGAAGAUGCUCAAGGCUGGCAUCGAGGCCAUCUGGGUGCAGAGGGACCUGCACGCCGACGAGGAUCUGCUGAUGAAUUACAUGGAUUUGAUGAAUGUCGUCAUAAGCUCGAACUCGACUCUGCCUUCUUUCGUGUAA